AUGAAUUCGCUUGGCACAGCAACCACUCAGUUUGGGUUUGACCUUUUCAAGGAGCUGAAUAAAACUAAGGAUGGUAACAUCUUCUUCUCGCCUGUAAGCAUCACCACUGCCAUUGGCAUGCUGCCCCUGGGGACCCGAGGAGCCACUGCCACCCAGUUGCAGGAGGUGCUUUUCUCUGAGAAAGACACAGGAAGUUCAAGAAUCAUAGCUGAAGGAAACGAGGUAAUGGAGAAGAGAGAAGAGAUACACCACCAAUUCCAAACAUUUUUGAGUGAAAUAAGCAAACCUAAUAAUAAUUAUGAACUGAAAAUAGCCAACAGGCUAUUUGGAGAAAAGACAUACCUUUUCCUUCACAAAUACUUAGAUUAUGUUGAAAAACAUUACCAUGCUUCUCUGGAACCUGUUGAUUUUGUGAACGCAGCAGAUGAAAGUCGAAAGAAGAUUAAUUCCUGGGUUGAAAGCCAAACACAUGGUAGAACCAAGCAAGUUUCUCAGAUCAUAGAUGGCAUAAGUCCUGAGAAACUAGUAGAGUGGACUAACCCGGAGCAUAUGGAGGAGAGGACUGUGAAUUUGCGCUUGCCCCGUUUGGAAGUGGAAGAUAGUUACAAUCUGGAGGCCAUCCUGCCAGCCAUGGGGCUGGGGGCUGCCUUCAGCGAGCACGAGGCUGCCUACUCAGGGAUGUCCCCACUCUCAGGGUUGCACGCCCAGCAGUUCCUGCACAGGUCCUUUAUGGUGGCCAACGAGGAAGGUACCGAGGCUGCCGCCGCCACUGGUGUGGGCUUUGUUGUCACGUCCGAGGCAGGGCACGAAGCUUUUCACUGCAACCAUCCUUUCCUGUUCUUCAUCAGGCACAAUGGGUCCAGCAGCAUUCUGUUUUUCGGCCGGUUUUCUUCUCCUUAG